AUGCCUAAAAUUUCAUCCCGAAACCAACAAAUUAAAAAAGGUCUUAUUCGUAAUAAUCCUGUUUUUUUAAAUAAGUCUAAAAAUUUACAAAGGCCAGUUUGGCAACAAUUAGCUAUUGCUUUAGAGCGAUUAGGUUGUAAUGGAAAUGGUGCUUCAGUUGGAAGAUUUGCAAGACAAUGGGGUUUAGGAAUUAGUACUGUUGUUAAAUAUACCAAACAUAUUAUAACAGCUAUUAAUUCAAUUGGAAAUAAUUAUGUUCAAUGGCCUAAUUCUCUUGAAAAACAACAAAUUAGUGAUCGAAUAGAACAAUCAUCAGGAUUUAAAGGAUGUAUUGGAUAUUUAGAUGGUACUGAUGUUGUACUUGAAUACAAACCUUCAGAAGAUGGUGAAAUAUAUUAUAAUAGAAAAAAGCGAUAUGCUUUAACAGUACAAUUAGUUUGUGAUGAUUUAAAGUAUAUUCGAUUUGCAAACUUUGGAUGGCUGGGCUCAGUUACUGAUUCAACAGCAUAUAAAUCUACACCAUUAUUUAAUGAAGUUAAUAAAUUUUUUAGUCAAAAUGAAUAUUUGCUUGCAGAUUGUGGUUAUCAACUUACUUCAACUACAAUAACUCCUUAUAAACAACCACAAGCAAGUAUUUCUAAAAAUACUUUUUUUAAUGAAAUGCUUGCUAAAGAACGUGUUAAAAUUGAACAUGUAAAUGGAAUUUGGAAAGGACGAUUUGAAUGUUUAAAUAGAAUAAGAACUUAA